AACCUAUUCGAACUUCCCACGAGACAAGAUCGUCGCAUUCACGAUGCCGUCGACUUACAAGAAACCAAAGCCGUGGGACACAGAUGACAUAGAUAAGUGGAACGAGGAGGCAUUUACCCCCGAUCAAAACUUAGGCGGAGCGUUCCUCGAGGAAUCCAGCUUCGCAACACUUUUCCCAAAAUAUCGCGAAGCAUACCUCAAAGCAUCAUGGCCUGCCAUCACGCGCAAACUCGAGACGCAGGGGAUCGCGUGCACACUGGACUUGGUUGAGGGUAGCAUGACGGUCAAGACCACCCGUAAAACCUACGACCCAGCCAGUAUCCUCAACGCAAGAGAUCUGAUCAAAUUGCUUGCGCGAAGCGUACCCACGCCACAGGCUCUCAAGAUUAUGGAAGACGGGAUGGCAUGCGAUGUGAUCAAAAUUCGCGGGCUAGUGAGAAACAAGGAACGAUUUGUCAAGCGGCGUCAGCGAAUCCUCGGACCGAACGGCAGCACCCUCAAAGCACUCGAGCUACUCACGCAAACAUAUAUUCUUGUUCAAGGAAACACAGUCUCGGUCAUGGGAGGAUACAAGAGUCUGAAGGAGGUGCGGCGGGUGAUUGAGGACUGCAUGGCCAACAUCCACCCCAUCUACCACAUCAAGGAACUCAUGAUCAAACGAGAACUUGCAAAGGAUGAGGAGCUCAAGAAUGAGAACUGGGAUCGCUUUCUACCACAGUUCAAAAAGCGCAAUUUGUCGAAGCGAAGGAAGCCUUUUGUCGUCAAUGACAAGAGUAAAAAGGCCUACACGCCCUUCCCGCCCGCACAGGAGAAGAGCAAGGUGGAUCUCCAGAUUGAAAGCGGUGAAUAUUUCCUGAGCAAGCAGGCCAAGGAAAAUGCUGUGAAGGAGCGACGGGAGGACGCAAUGAAGACGAAGAUGGAGGAACGAAAGCGGAAGAGGGAAGAGGCGUUCGAAGUGCCGAAAGAAGAUAGCGCGGGCAAGGAGAAGAAGGCAAAAAAGAAGAAGCGCAAGGAAGACGGCGAGGACUCGUCCGGCGUAUCGAAAAAGAAGAAAGAGAAGGCCAGCCAGGACGUCGAGAUGGAGGCGUAGUGGAG